AUGAUUGAUCGGGAAAUCAUGAUGAAAGCUAACAAUCCCACAACAAACACCGUCUGCGGCCACUGCGGUUUCCUAGAUCGGAAAAUUCUGCACCACGUCCGUCGCGGAGGUAACUUUCGCCGUCUCUGCACCACUUGUGUCCUCCGUCUCCACUCCCAGUAUUUCUGCCCCACCUGUUUCAUUGUUUACGACCGUUCACCCCCCGAACACGCUGUCGUUUGCAACAAAUGCUACUCUUCCGCCCACCCUACCUGCGUCUCCCCUCCCAUUUCCGCACCUACUCCCUCUUCACGUGCCCCUUCCCCUUCCCCUUCCCCCUGCGCCACUUGCUUAAACCCUAGCCGCCUUGUUUUCGAUCCCAAAAGAACCGAUGGAAAUGGUGGGAUGGAUAAUGAUGCGGCGAGACUGCUGGUAACUGCUGCGGAGAUAUCAUCUUUAUCAAUGAGUAAAGCAGAGGUGGUGGCAGUUGCAGAAGCCGAGAGGAGAGCGAAGGAAGCUUCGUACACGAGGAAGAGAGCUAGGGAGGCUCUUGAUCAUGUUGUGUACCUAAUGGAAAACGAAAAGAAGAAAAACAUCAAUGGUAACAAAGUUGUGGCUAUGCCUAUGAUGGAUGUUCGAAUUAACAACAACAACAACAAAGUAGUUGCUGCGAACCAGGUGUCCGAAGCUUUCAAGUCUGUGGUAUUAAAAGAGAAUGCUGAUGGAAUCGCCUUGUCUGAAGUGCAGAAUAAGAUGAGGGCAGUGAGAAUAUUGGUUUGCAACCUUAGCAUUGGCUUCUGGUGGUUUCUGUAUUUGGUGCAAGGUGAGAUCUUUUUUAUGGUUCAGUAACUCGUUUUGAUAAAUGGUACAUUCUCUCUGAAAAUUUAAUCCCCCCAAAGUGUUUGUUUUGUGCAAAGUUAGAGAUGAUGUUUUUUUUAUUUACUUGUAAAUCUGGUAGCAAUGUGGCUUUUUCAUGCAGUGAAUUGAAUCUUUUUUCCAAGAUUGUAUGUUUAUACCACAC